GUUCUGUGAAAAUGCAAAUACAUGGCAGUGAGGUUCAGAGGGAAUGGGAGACAAUAGGUGUGACACAGGUAGGUGGGGGUAAGGGGGAACGUUGAACUGGUGACAGAAUGUAGCUGGUAAAAUGCAAACAGGUUACCCGGGGUUAUCAGAUGGCAGGCAGAUUAGAAUGUACCAUAAAUCCCAAGUCUAUAUUCAGUCCAUGAUGUUUUGUAUCCAGAAGAUUUGUGAAGUUCGUAGGCUCAUCUGUGAAAGGUGUUGUGUAAAUUCCCUUUGAGGAUUAGAACUGAGAGAUCAAAAAGAGAGUGGCUAUGGUUGUCUAGUGAGAAGUGUGCACCCACAGGUAAUUGGGUAUUUUUGUCUGAUAGAUUUUUGGUGUGUGUUCAUUCUGGUACACAGUUGUUGUUUGGUUUCUCCUACAUACUUUCCAUCCUUCCCUGAAUGAAAGCCUAGGGCUGGGUUUUCAGAGGACUGGGCUGCAGCCCUGUCCCUUUCCUUUCCAAGGGGAUUCCGUAUGAUUCUGCUGGGAACUAGCCAGGGGAUUUCUUCACACACAGAGCAGACUCUUGGCUUCCCUGUUUCCUGGUGCAGUGACAAGCACUUGUCACCCCCUGCUGGGUAACAUACGAAAUGGAAGAGCAAACUGAAGCCAAAGCCCAGCUGUGUGCGUCUGUCUCUUGAAUGAGAGCACAGAGAGAAAUAAAGAAACAGAUCUACAUGCUUGAGCUACCCCGCUGGGUAGAACUGACCCAGUCUGAGUGCAAGGAGACAGUGUAGUACUAGAGGCAAGGCUUUGACUCUGCCUCUGUGUGUGGCAAGGAACGUGCUGGGUGGGUAAGGACUGUGGCUGUGUGAAUGCAUGGAACAAGUACCGGUAGUACUGGAGUAGGAGGGCUGAUCCUGUGAGAGUGAAUGGAGAGUGGCCUGAUGGGGACAACUUAGCAUUAGCAUGGGGUUGCAUGGUGCCUGUGUGGAGAAAGUGUGGGAUGGAAGAGGGUGGUCCAGGGGCUGAUCCUGUAUAGGCAUGAAAUGGAGGGAUUUCAGGGUUUGGUAAGCAGCGUCAGGGAGGCCGAAUCUUUGUGAACAAGUAAUAGGGGCAGCACUACUGGUUGGGGCUGAACUUGUGGGAAUGCAGGGUUGGGCAGCUGACCCUGUGCAUGAGCACAGGAUAGGGAAACAGUGUGGUGGAAGCUGAGCCUAUGGGAGGGUGUGGUGAAGAAGUAGUAAUAAGGAGUGAGGGCAGCAAGACGUGAGUGGGGAGGCUGGAGAGCCCAUACCAUGGUGGGGCUGACUGUGCCUAGCAUAGAGAGAGAAGCAGUAUAAAGGGGCUGACCCCAUUUGAGUGCAGGGCUGGGAAUGCUGCACUACAGUGAGGCUGCCCUGUUUGUGUGUGUGAGUGUCCUCUGGAGGAGUUUAUGGACUCUCCCUGACCCACCAUGAGAGCUUCACAGAUUCAUGCCCCCCACUCCCUGCCUCAUGUUCUCCCCUUCUGUCUCCUGUGUCUAGUCAGUGCUGGAUCUGGAAGGUCAGAGGAGAAGAGAGGGGGGGUGCACAUGGCUUUGGACAUCACCGAGGUGUGUGUGUCACGAUUUCAGCCAGCUGUGUCCUAUCCACAGCCCCAUAAAACUCUGAGCCCUGAGGCCAGACACCCUCAUGGGGAUGCUCUCUCCACAGGAGCCCGGCUGCUAUUCAAGAGCUGGAACGGACACUAACAUGGAAUCUGACUCCUUUCUUCCUCGGGGGGGGGAAAGAGAGCUGAACCCAGAGCCCAUCCCAGAAACACAAGGACCCAGUUCUGGUUCUUCUCUUCCCUGUGGGUUUGGAAAUAUUGGGUAACAGCUUCAGUGGGUCUAGGCCUUGUCCCUGGUAUCCAUGAUCCUAAUGGGCACUACCUGACCCCCUUACAGCAGCCUGAGCAGAGAAGCCAAGGAGUUUCUGUGCCUGGAAGGGAUGUCCUGCAAAUUCAGGCAUGUGGUGUGAGGGUGGGAGAGACUCUUCGAUGGAAUGCACCAAGUUGCACCUGUUCUGGGAGAUGCUGAGAGGACAGUGGAUUCGUGGGCUCCCUGCCCAUAUUAUGCAACAUAUCUCCAAUGUAUGAACCAAGAAGAUGGAGAAAAAGAAAGGGCAGCUAGCCCCUGCUCCAGGCCCCACAUCCCCAGGCUGCACUGUGCGGCAGCGGGCAGAAAGGCUGCAUGCACGGAGCAGGCGCAAGGCAUCUGGCUGUGCAGCCAUGAAGUGUGUCGUCAUCGGGGGAAACGUGAAAGUCCUUGGCAAGGCCGUGCACGCCCUGUCCCGCAUCGGUGACGAGCUGUAUGUGGAGCCCACAGAGAACGGGCUGUCUUUACGUGCUGUGAACUCAUCUCGCUCGGCCUACGCCUGCUUCCUGUUCGCCCCGCUCUUCUUCCAGUUGUAUGAGGCAGGGGGCCCAGAUGCCCAUGGGGAGCUCUUCCGUUGCAAGGUCCUCAUGAAGACAUUCCUGGCCAUUUUCCGAUCGCUGCCCUCACUGGAGAAGACGGUAAGCAAAUGCCUCAUCUCGCUGAACCCCCGAGCCAGCCGGCUGGUUGUACAGUUGCACUACAAAUACGGUGUCACCAAGACUCACAACCUGUCAUUCCAAGAGUGCGAGCUGCUUCAGGCCAUCUUUGACAAGCAGCUGUGCACCAGCACUCUCUGCGCCUCUGCCCGGGUCCUGGUGGAUGCCGUGGUGCACUUCCCAGUAACGCUGGCUGAAGUGACGCUGGGGGUUGGCCCCAGCGGGAAGGUGAGCUUGCGCAACUAUGUGGAUGAGGAGACAGAGCCCAGCAAGACCAUGGUGACUGAGCUGUGCCUCUCUGAGGAUGAGUUCCAGGAUGUGCGGGUGCCACAGGAAACCCAGGUCACCUUUUGUCUCAAGGAGUUCCGGGGCCUCCUGAGCUUUGCUGAGUCCUCAAACCUGCCCCUCAGCAUCCACUUUGACACGCCUGGCAGGCCAGCUGUGUUCUCCCUGGAGGACCCCCUGCUGGAAGUGCACCUGGUCUUGGCCACCCUGGCUGACUCCAAUGCCAGCUCACAGGCCCAGACAGCCAACGGUGCCUGCCACAAAUGUGCCGCUGACGAGGACUUUGCUGUUGAUGACCUUGAGUCCUACAUGAUCGCCAUGGAAACCACCACUGGUGAGGAGGGGGCAGAGCCACCUCUAAGCCCCACCUUCCCCGUGCGAUGCCCCAGUCCAGCCACUGCUCUAGAGGCAGAGAGAAGCACUCUGGCUAGUGACAAGGAUGAGGACGAAGAUGGGGCUGUGCCAGGGACGCCCCCACAGAAAAAGUUCCGCUCCCUGUUCUUUGGGUCAGUGCUGACACAGUCGCAGGCCAGAGCUCACCCUACUCCCAGCCAAGAGGUGCUGGCCGAGGACAGUGAGGGCGAAUGCUGAGCCAGAACUACUCUCCUCUCUCCCAGCCUAUUUUCUUCCUAGAAGCAUUAUGAAGAUGGAGAAGCGGCUGGACUCCGCCCCCCCCAUCCCCCACAGCACUGGAGCCCUGUAGGCCUACAGUAGAGACAGUGUGGGAACAGACACUGUAAAUAAACCAAUUGUGAUACACAA